AUUAGAAGUAGCCCUCCUACAUAAACUGAACAUUUCCUUUCAUUCAAUGAAAGGAGAGCUAAUUUUUUCCUAAUUUAGUAACUGCUACUUAUCACCAAUCUCAUACCAUCCCAUUCUUCUGAAUUCCGAGAUUAAGGAAGAGAGAAAUGGAAAGACCAGAAGCAGCAGAUCCAGAGGGAAUGCUCAGAGGUCAAGCGGCAAUAUGGGAGUGCAUUUUUGGCUUCGUGGGCGGCAUGGCACUCAAGUGUGUAGUUGAGCUAGGCAUUCCCGAUAUAAUAAGCUCUCAUGGGCGUCCUCUCUCCUUGUCUUCCAUUGCUAAAAUCAUCAACCUUCCUUCCCUGGAUACUGAUCGCCUAUCACGGGUCAUGACACUGUUAGUUCACAGACAAAUCUUCACUUCAAAUAAUCCUGCAAGCCCAGAAGGGGAGCACAAUGCUACUACUCUCUAUGGCCUCACCAACUCCUCCAAAUUGCUUCUCAGUGAUUCGAAGACGAGUCUUGCACCCAUGUUGCUGUUUCAGAACCAUACAUGGAUGCUAUCAAGUUGGCAUCACCUUAGUGAUAUUGUGAAGGAAGGUGGUAGUGGGUUCACUAAAUCUCAUGGUUUAGAGUUCUUUGAUUUUGCAUCAGCCAAUCCUGUAUUCAACACCUUACUUAACGAGGCUAUGGAAGGCGCAUCAAAAAUCAUUGUGGAAGCAGUGAAAGCCAGCUAUAAAGAUGGGUUCAAUGGACUAGGAUCGCUUCUGGACGUUGGGGGCGGGACUGGUGCCAUGGUGGGUGAGAUUGUGAAGGCACAUCCCCAUAUAAAAGGAAUCAACUUCGAUCUUCCACAUGUGGUGGCUACGGCACCAGAGUAUGAGGGCGUCACACAUGUUGCCGGCGAUAUGUUUACAAGCAUUCCUCCAGCUGAUGCCAUUCUCUUGAAGUGGAUAUUGCACGAUUGGAAUGACGAAGAUUGCAUGAAAAUCUUGAAAAAUUGUCGAGAAGCAUUGCCAAAAACUGGAAAGCUUAUAAUCGUGGAUGCAGUUUUAAAUUCACAAGGAAAUGAAUUGUUUGACUAUAUGCGAUUGGUGUUUGAUCUGGCAAUGAUGGUUCAUGUCCAAGGAAAGGAAAGGAGUGAAGCAGAAUGGAAAAUAUUGUUAGAGGAAGGAGGUUUUGCCAGCUACAAGAUUAUCAAAAUUCCAACACUUGCAUCAAUCAUCGAGGCUCAUCCCCAUCAUGCAUGCUAGUGUCCUCCUUGGGUUGUGUCCCUAGAAAUAAUAGCAUAUUAAUGUUGUUUGUUUUCAAUGAACGAACUUUAGCUCCUAAUAUUGGGUGGUUCUAGAGUUCAAGUUUAAUAAAGUUUAACUAUAUAAAAAAAUAAUUCUAUGUUUCCUAUCUUUAGUUAGUCAAUAAAUUGGUGAGUGAGUGUGUAGUCUCUUGCGACGUUAUCUGUAUCUAUAUUAAUACAUUAAAAUUGGUGGCAAUUGGCACUGUUUUUUCUA